UCAACGCUGGUUUCUUCCCACUCUGCUCCUCUGUUGUACGAGGUAAAUCUCUGCGAUCGAAGCAUUCUCAAGCAGUGAAGUGAGUUGAAGAUCGAGAAUGGAGAAGAAGAUGGCGGCUCUGAGAUCCAUCCACCGCUCAGCUUCGGCUUGUUUCAGGCCUCUCUCUUCAUCUUCUGCCGCCGCCCUCGGCCGCCGCGACCUCUUUCUCGCCCGCCACUUCGGCGUCCUCUCCCGGAGCUUGCUUGGGCUUUCCCAUCAGUUCGUUUCAGCUCCUCCCCCCAGAAACCUUCCUUUCGAUUGCAGGCCCCCUUUCGGAAUGAGUAUGGGGAGCAUACGUUGUUUCAGUGCAGAUGUUACUCACAUGCCCGACUUUGAAGAUCCCGAUGUUUUGAAUGCAUUCAAGGAUCUGAUGGCUGCUAGCUGGGAUGAGCUUCCUAAUAGCAUUGUGCAUGAUGUGGAAAAAGCAUUGUCCAAGAACAUCGAUGAUGAGGCUGGUCAAGAGGUCUUGGCCAAUGUUUAUCGUGCAGCUGAAGCAGUUGAGGAAUUCACUGGUGUGCUUACGUCAUUGAAAAUGGAACUUGAUGACAGUAUUGGAUUGAGUGGCGAGGAUGUAAAGCCCUUGUCAGAUGAGCAUGCCAGUGCCCUUCAAAAAAUUUAUGAACGGUAUACUGCCUAUCUGGACGCAUUUGGACCUGAUGAGGCUUAUUUAAGAAAGAAAGUAGAGACAGAGUUGGGAACUAAGAUGAUUCACUUAAAGAUGAGAUGUGGAGGCCUCAGCUCUGAAUGGGGAAAGGUUACAGUUCUUGGAACUUCUGGACUUGCUGGAUCGUAUAUCGAGCAAAGAGCUUAAACCGUGGCGUUCAUUUUCAUUUUCUGUCAUUGAAACUCUGCAGCUUGCAUUUGUGAUCCUGUUUUUCAGCAUUUGGAAAGAGAUUUUGGUAGUUGAAAAGGGUCCAAGGAAAAAGCUUGAGUUGUUGACCUGUUCUUCAAUAAAGGAUUCUAAUUGUUGACACGAUGGUGGGGUUAGGAUGUAUCUGGUAAUGUUUCCCUGUUUAUAUUGGUCAUGAAGAAAUGUUCUUACGUUA